UGCUACGAGACAUCAGUGAGCGAGGCAGGGACCUCGAGCAGAUCUUAUCUCAGUACAUCACCUUCGUCAAGCCUGCCUUCGAGGAGUUCUGUUUGCCAACCAAGAAGUAUGCUGACGUGAUCAUUCCCAGAGGAGCAGAUAAUGAAGUGGCCAUAAACCUGAUAGUGCAGCACAUCCAGGACAUUCUUAACGGAGGACUCAGCAAACGCCAGAGCAACGGCUACCUGAAUGGCUACACUCCUCCCCGCCAG